AUGGCAUCUUCUUCCAACAAUUUUCACUACCAUUAUGAUCCCAAUAACGAUAAUUUAAACCAAUACUUUCAAGAGCAAUUUAGUAACCAAUUUCAAGCUGUUGAAGAGGAAAGUCCUGUCAAAAGGAAACCACGUACAUAUAUCGAUAGAAAACGCGAAGAAGGGCAUGAACGUUUGUGGAACGAUUAUUUUUCUGAUAAUCCGACUUACAAUGCUCACCAAUUCCGCCGAUGGUUUCGAAUGAACAAACCGUUGUUCUUGCGUAUUGUGAAUCGUCUCAGUGAAGAAGUUCCAUUUUUUAAGCCAAAAAGGGAUGCAACCUUCUGGAAUGGUCUUUUACCGCUACAACAAUGUACUGCAGCAAUUCGACUAUUAGCAUAUGGGGCUGGGUCGGACUCGGUUGACGAAUAUAUACGUCUUGCUGAAUGUACUGCUCGUAAAUGUUUGGAACAUUUCGUCGUCGGAAUAGUUGACUUAUUUGGCAGAAUACCUACGCCGACCAACACCAGAGGAUCUUGA